GUGGAAUGUGUGGAAGUAUAAUAUGAUGAUCCAAUAAUUAAAUUUGAUGAGUCGAUCAACAUUAUUUGUAUGCUGUCAGAUCCAUAAACAAUCUCCCUGGUCCUUGAUCCUUAGUUCAUACCCAUUCGUUCUAUCGCGUCUCAAUCUCUCUCUCCUCUUCUUCAUCUAAUCAUCUCUCUUUCUCUCUCUUCCCCUUCUCAUCACUUUCACGAUCGAAGUACUUGAUCAACGAUGGGUGCUCAGAACAUUUUCGAUGGCGAUGAUGGAAACCUUGAAGUUGGAAUGGAGUAUAGAACAGUCUCAGGAGUUGCAGGGCCACUUGUUAUUCUUGACAAAGUUAAGGGACCUAAAUUUCAAGAAAUCGUCAAUAUUCGUUUGGGAGAUGGGUCAACUCGUAGAGGUCAAGUGUUAGAAGUUGAUGGUGAGAAGGCUGUGGUACAGGUUUUUGAAGGAACAUCUGGAAUUGAUAACAAAUACACCACCGUUCAGUUCACUGGUGAGGUCUUGAAAACUCCCGUUUCCCAAGACAUGCUUGGGCGUAUUUUUAAUGGAUCUGGCAAACCAAUUGAUAAUGGUCCUCCUAUUCUUCCUGAGGCUUACUUGGAUAUAUCUGGAAGUUCAAUCAACCCCAGUGAAAGAACUUAUCCAGAAGAAAUGAUUCAGACAGGCAUUUCCACAAUCGAUGUCAUGAAUUCUAUUGCUAGAGGACAAAAGAUCCCUCUCUUUUCUGCUGCUGGUCUACCACAUAAUGAGAUUGCUGCACAAAUUUGUCGUCAAGCUGGUCUGGUGAAACGUUUAGAGAAGUCUGAAAACCUUUUGGAGGAUGGGGAAGAGGACAACUUUGCCAUUGUAUUUGCAGCAAUGGGAGUUAACAUGGAAACUGCACAGUUCUUUAAACGUGAUUUUGAGGAGAAUGGAUCUAUGGAGAGAGUUACUCUCUUUUUAAAUCUGGCCAAUGACCCUACAAUUGAGCGUAUUAUUACACCUCGUAUUGCCCUUACCACUGCAGAAUACCUAGCAUAUGAAUGCGGGAAGCAUGUUCUUGUUAUCCUGACUGAUAUGAGCUCUUACGCAGAUGCACUUCGUGAGGUAUCAGCGGCCCGUGAAGAAGUGCCUGGAAGGCGUGGUUAUCCGGGUUACAUGUACACUGAUCUGGCUACUAUCUAUGAACGUGCUGGACGUAUUGAAGGACGAAAAGGUUCUAUCACCCAGAUUCCCAUUUUAACUAUGCCUAAUGAUGAUAUUACGCAUCCAACUCCCGAUCUUACUGGUUAUAUUACUGAGGGACAAAUCUAUAUUGACAGACAGCUGCACAAUCGUCAGAUAUACCCUCCGAUUAAUGUCCUCCCCUCUCUUUCCCGUCUGAUGAAGAGUGCUAUUGGUGAAGGCAUGACUCGCAGGGAUCACUCUGAUGUGUCCAAUCAGCUGUAUGCAAAUUAUGCAAUUGGGAAGGAUGUACAGGCCAUGAAAGCUGUGGUUGGUGAAGAAGCUCUUUCCUCAGAGGAUCUGCUAUACUUGGAAUUCUUGGACAAAUUUGAGAGGAAAUUUGUUUCCCAAGGAGCAUACGACACCCGUACUGUCUUCCAGUCACUUGAUCUAGCAUGGACACUCCUCAGGAUCUUCCCCCGUGAGCUACUCCACCGUAUUCCAGCAAAGACCCUCGACCAGUACUACAGUCGAGAUGCUUCAAAUUGAUGAUGAUGAAGAGUCUCAGUACACUACCCGCAUGUCUUUUUCUCAUUCGGCACUUGAAUUUGUUCAUUAUCGCUGUUUACCAGCUGCUUUAAUAAAGGUUCUAAAAGCGGGAUUCUUUUGUUAGUUGGUUUGUACAUUAAAGAGAUGCUCUUUUUAGUGGGAGAGACAAUGUAGAUUCUUAAUGGAAAACAAACAAAGCUGUAGCUGUGGUUUUGACUAUUUAUCCCCAUAUUCUUGUAAUACUGUGUGAAGCUUGAGAGCUGGGUUUAGGAAGCAGAAAUCCUCAGCACUUGGUUUGCACCGCUUUUUUAAGCUUGUAUUUGAUUUAUAUUAUUCAUAUCCCGCAUAAUUUAUUGGGAGUACUGCACAAUAAAUUUGGUGUAAUUUUAUGCAUUA